UUGGACCGAUUACCUGUCGAUUACGAUGAUUGUUGAACGUGUGGCGGGAGGGAAGCUCAGUAACAAGUUUUCGUCAUGUUACAUGUUGAAAUAUAUAAAAAAGCGGCCUUUUACACAUUUGGCUAGGGAGUCAUGGUGGUGUUGAGAGAAGGUAUCUGCCCUGGAUUAACUGAGGAUUUCAUCAACGCUUUACAUUCAGAGGACAUCAAAACAGUUGAAGACUUUGUGUCAUGCAACCCCGAGGAACUUGCACAAAAGUGUUCACUGUCCUACAAGGCUCUGGUAGCUGUUCGGCGUGUACUUUUAGCUCAGUACACUGCUUUCCCUGUCUCUGGAGCCGAUCUUUAUCAAGAGCUAUUGAGCUCCACAGCAAUUCUGUCCACAGGCAGUCCCAGUUUGGAUAAGCUGUUAGACUCUGGGCUGUACACAGGGGAAAUAACAGAGCUUACGGGAAGUCCGGGCAGUGGGAAAACACAGGUGUGUUUCAGUGUUGCUGUUAAUAUAUCGCACCAGCUGAAGCAGAGUGUUUUUUACAUCGACACAAAGGGCGGUAUGUGUGUGAACCGGCUGCUUCAGAUGCUGCAAACCAGGACUUCUAAUAUGGAGGAGCAGAUGGAGGCUCUUCAAAAAAUCAGGGUCUUCAGAGCAUUCGAUGUCUUCUCCUUGCUUGCUUGUCUUCAACAUCUACGAUUUAAUGGCCUUCAACAGGCGUCCGUUGGAGGUGGUUCAGUCAAAGCUGUGAUGGUGGAUUCAGUCUCUGCUGUGCUCUCAUCCAUGCUUGGAGGAAAGCAGAAUGAAGGUAUGUCCCUGCUGAUGCAAGUUGCUGGAGAAUUGAAGAUGAUUGCAAAAGACUUCAACAUUGCUGUACUGGUGACAAAUCACGUGACCCAGGAUGGAAACGGAUGUUUGAAAGCUGGACUUGGACUGUCGUGGAGCCAUGUUCCUCGCACACGUGUACUCCUGCAGAGAGUGGAGAUUCCAGGGGUUUUAUCUUCUAGCUUACGAACCGCAACACUGACCAAAUCAUCACGACAGCCUUGUCAUCUAGUGGAAGAUUUUGAUCUUUGCAACUUGUCUGAAGAGAGGAACUCUGUAACAGGAAAGCGGAAACUAGAAAGCAGUUAACCAUGACAGUAUUUCAUUUGCAUAAGACUGUCUUUGUUCUAAGCGACAAUACUAAUGGUUGAUUUUGGAAAGACUAUACAAGGUUAAUAUUUGUUGGUGUAA